AUGCUUAGGCAAAGCGGUCUAACCUGUACCAAAACUGUCCCCACAAGCGCUUCAAGAAGAGCAGCCAGAGUGAAGUUGAAGCAGUUGAUCUUUCGUCAAUCAUCCUACAGGAUGGAAGAUGCAGCACCUCAUUGCAAGGCUCCUCAGGAUGAACUCCACCGACUGUUUUCAAGACCUGGACCCCAUGUUUUUAGAGACGCCACCCUACCUAUCUACCUUGUGGGUCCCCAAGUUGCUGAAUAUAUCAUCUCUAAUCACACCCAAAUUCCUGAUGUCUCUGGUUGCUUCAACAGGGCCAUUUGUGGCUGUACCGGCUCCCAGAUCACAGGACUGCUUAAGUCUGCUGUGCCAUCUGGUGAUCUAAAAAUGAUCACAAGCUUGAUUGACCACGGUGGUGAUGUCAAUUGUAAAGAUUCAGACGGACGGUCCUUGAUCUCCCUAGCUGUUCGGGCGGGACAACUUGAUGUUGUUAAAGUUUUGAUCGCUUCUGGAUGUGUAAUUGAUAGCUCGAUAGAUAACGUAUUGCACUAUGCAGCAGCUGUAAAUAGAGUGGAUUUGUUGGAGAUUUUGUGUGCUAGUUUAAAAAAUAUUGAUGUAAAUUCAUUUGAUUUAUGCGGUAGAACUCCAAUUCAUGUCGCUGCGAGCAGGGGCCAUGUUGAAGUGAUUCGGUUUUGCGUUUCUGCUGGAGGAAAAACUGAGGCUUUGGAUUGUGAUGGGUCGAGUUCGCUUCAUUUGGCAGCAGAGAAAGGGCAUUUAGAGACAAUCGAGUAUUUAUUGGAUUGCUCUGAUUUUUACGUCAAGCAUGCAGUGAACAAAGAAGGAAAAACUGCUUUCUCUGUCGCGGUUGAUAAUGGGCAUUCGCAUUUGUAUGAUUUGUUGCAUAUGGGAGAUGUAUUGCAAAGAGCAGCGAAAUUAGAUGAUGUAAAUGGUAUCAAAAGUUGCCUUGCAGAAGGGGCAAAAGUUAAUAGAAGUGACCAGAAUGGAUGGACUCCUUUGCAUAGAGCUGCCUUUAAGGGCAGAAUUGAGAGUGUCGAAGUGUUGCUUAAUCAUGGAGCUCAAGUUGAGGCUGUUGACAAUUCUGGGUAUACACCACUUCAAUGUGCACUCGAUGCAGGGCAUAUGCAGGUUGCUCUGUUGUUGAUUGCUCAUGGAGCUAGAGCUAAAGUGAAAAGUCUGAAGGGGGUUGUACCUUUGAAUAUGGAUGGCUUUAAGAAUCACCAUUCUCUAGUUAUGCCUUCGUGUCAAGAGGAUAAGAAAAGUGAAAAUGAGGUAUCUGUUUGUUGA